AUGGGAAAUGAAAUUAACGAAAAUGAAGCAGAAGGUGUGGGAAACGAAAUAAAUGAAAAUGAUGUUGAUGAAGACAUCGGAUAUGAAAAUAAGGGCGAAGCAGGAGUUAAAUAUAUUGGCAGAGAGGAAAAUGAUGCCUGUGGCAAAGAGCUUGGCAAACUCGAUCAGCAAAAAGAUGUCGAAGAUGAAGAUGAUGAAGACGUGAUGGAUGAAAAUGAGGGUGGAGCUGAAGUUGAAGAUAUUGGCAGUAAUGAAAUUGAUGUUGAUGAAGAGAUCAGCUAUGAAAAUGAAGGCGGAGCAGGAGUUAAAGAUAUUGGCAAGGAUGAAAAUGAUGCCGGAGGCAUAGAGCCUGACCAACCUGAUCAGCAAGAAGCUCCAAGGAAUCCACUCAUAGAAGAUCAAAUUCCGAUAAAAAAAAAUACCGAAUUCUUAUGA